CUGACAGCGGGAGACAGCGCCACACCGCUCAGGCGGAACCAUCUGCGUUGCUCUUGUUUCUACGGAGAUCAUUUCCGGUCGUCGGUGGCUUCAGCUGCAACCAUAGAUGGAACCCAAGGUUUCUGAAAGCAAGGCGUCUCAGGUCCUGAGGCGAUCUACGCGGCAGUCAUCCGCUAAAGCGCUGAGUUUUGAGCCGACCCCCAGGGGUCCGCUGAAGAGGACCAAGAGGAGCUCGGGGAAACCGGCUCCUCUCGCAGCAGUCAAUGGGUCCGGAGAUCACGAGGAUAACUCUGAGGAUGAAGAGUCCCCGAGCAAGAAGAGCCGGCUGGAGGCUGAAGGGGCAGCGGGAUCUGGAUGUGGUAGUGAUGAUGAUGAUGAUGAUGAUGAUGGUGGGACUGAGAUGGAAAUCCAGGAGUCAGCUGGAGAUAUGAAGAAUAAUCAGGGCCAGGAAACUGUCUCCCUGAAGCAGGAAUCCUCUCAUGGCACUCAUCCACCUAAACUCUACCCAGGAGAUGUGAAUUUAAUCCCUCGUGUAGUGCUACACGAGUACCGCCAACCCCAAGUUGUAAAUGAAGAUGCAGAAACCAAAAGAGUAAAACCAUCAACCAAAGCACCAGCAGCCUCCGUGAAGUCAACCAGAUCAUUGGUCAACAGCCAUGAUGUGCCCACUACCAAGACCAGCAUGGCCGAGUACAAGAGUAGAAUGGAGGCCAUUGCCAAAAGAGCUGAUAUUCCCACGGUUAACAACGUUACCCCAAGUGUUUAUCCGUCAUCAGAGAAAUCCUUCUCAGUGCAUCAACGUUUGAGGCACAAUCCAAUUCAAAAAGAAUCUGUUAAGUCCAAGAAAAAAGAAGGGAAAAAGAAAGCAGAUGUCAUCAAGAUAAGCUCCAGACAUUCUUCUCGGGGUUGCAUGUGGUGUUUCUGGUGUUUGGUUGCCCUGGUGCUGCUCAGUUCUGUCGCCUUCCUGGCAUACAAGAAAUUCCCUGUCCUCAAAAUGGUCACAGAUCUAGGAGGGGAUACAUCCAGCGCUGCUGAGCCAGAUGUGUUUGCUGAUCAGUUGUCUCUUCUUGAGGCUCAAUUCCCCAGUCAGCAUCCAGUGUUGUGGAAAAGGAGCAAGAUACAUCUGGGGAAGCACCUCAGAACAGCACAGCCCACAGAGCCGGUGAGUCUAAUUUUCACCGCUGGCCAAAGCGCUGAGAGGACGCUGCGCUGCCUCGCUCAGGGCCUGGCUUCGGCCUUCUCGUCUGUCAUCAAUACCUCCGUCCUCCAAAUCGAUGGAGCCAGCAAAGCCGGUCAGGACAGCGAUGAAGUGAAGCUGGACAUCGACAGCCAACUGAAAGAAGCCUUUGAAGGUGAUAAACAAGUGGCAAUCAUUCAUCGCUUUGAAGAGCUGCCUCCAGGCUCUACCCUCAUUUUUUAUCGCUACUGUGACCACGAGAGUGCUGCGUACAAGCGGGUGUUUUUGUUGUUUACUGUGCUGCUACCUGAGGAUGAGGUUAGCAGUGAGCAUAGUCUGAAGGACGUGGACGAGAUGGUGCAAGACUAUCUAAGGGAGAGGCUGGUGGUCUCCAACAGCCAAACUUCCUUCAAUGAGAUGGACAAUAACAAGUACGGUGGACUGUGGAGCCGUAUCUCGCAUCUUGUUUUGCCUGUAGUGUCUGAGAAGGAAAUAGAGAAGAGAGGAUGCUCAUAAACCAAGCUGGCUACUCAGAAAAAGUCAAGAUACCACUUUGGACCAGCUUGAUACUUCUUGGCACAGUGCAGGAGCUAGGAAACAAAAGUAAAAUGGAAAUAUAAUGUGUGUGCUGUGAUAAUUCACAUAUAGACUUGAUUUGAAAUGGUUGAAAAUUGUAUUAAUCUCUCUGUCAGAGAUAAAAUUGUACUGCUGUCCAGUGUCUGAUCAGUUUAACUGCUUCCAAGAUGUCCGGCGCAGUUUUUAAUUAAAUGUGUGCAGGCUUUUCAUUAGGACGAAACAAUGGUGUUGCACCAUCAUUCCACUUCCAAGAGGGGAAUUCAGUCAAUAUUCUCAUGUAGAUUUAACAUAUAACAAAAUUUAAAGCACUUUCUUCAACUGAUUUUCAAUGAACAUGUCCAAUCCAUAGACUGAAUAUAAAGAUGGACAAAGUGUCUCCACUUCCUCCCACUAACCAGAAAUGAAGACAAAAUAUCCCAGAUACGAACGUGGCCAUCUUGUGCAUUUGGAGCUAAAGACUGUUCAGUUGCUCACAGGAGAUGGAGCCGCUGUAGGACCCACCGAUACACACUCUCAACCAAUCAUGAGUCAGUCUUUGCUGUCAAUCAAGUCCAUUAUUAUAGCAUCAAAACAACUAUUAAAACCAAACUUAAUGAAUGACAGAAAAUGCAACAUCUUUUAAAUAAAUCUAGUGUAGUUUGGCCUCACUUUAAGGAAGCUGUCCUGUAACCAUCUUUGUAAACAGUCUAUGGUCCAUUCCAAAAGGGUUUCGGUUGAAUGAUGAAUUGAAACCGGGUCCUUCUGUAAAAGUUUCAUUUUCUGUAGAAAUUCAUAUUUCUUGCUCCGUGCAAAAUCUCUUAAACAACUGAUGACAUGCUCUAUAUUUCUGUUUAAUGUGUGCAUCGCUUCAUUUAAAUAUCUUGUGCACACAACUGGAUUGGAUUUGCACUGAAAAGGUUUUUCAUUAACUAGCUGUCAAAUCAAGAGCACUGGGUUUUAAAAAGAUAAAUCUUUUAUAUCCUUUGUUUUUGGUGAAUUUGUAUAUAUGUCGUCUGACUUUUUUUUAGAUUGGAUAUAUAUAUAUGUAUAUAUGUUUUACCACUGAAAUGUACUUAUGUUGUAAAAACACACAGGUUCUGAGUUUAUACAAAUAUUUUGACUGAAUAUCACAAAAUGUGCCUUAAAUACUGACAUGGAGACAAAUAGACUCAUCAGUCAUCUGACACCCUUUGAGGACAAGUUCAGAAUCCAAACACGCUUUUUUGUUGAUUUCUUUCUUUAAUUUGUGGUAAUUUGAAUCAAUGUGUUCUUUCUUGAUAUUACUCAUUCCUCUUAUGUUGUUAUUCUGAGAUGUUGCCCAUAUGAAGAUCUGGAUAUUUUCAAUAAAGACUAUUUUGGUACCUGGAAGA